UAAUUUAAAUAUUUCAUGUUUUUCUUUCAGAUUGACCUCUACUUCUGCAGCGUGGAUACGGUUGACCCAGACUAUAGCAUCAAAAUAUAUUUAGCUGGUGUUGUUAUCCCAAAGGCUGACUCUGAAGUUUUGUGGUCAAAAAAUGCCCAAAGUGUGGUGUUAGAGUGUUAUACAUAUUUAGAUAUGUCAAGAAUUCUAUCCGACCUCACAAUCUGGCAUCAGAGAGAAGAAGGCCUUCCUCAGCACGACUUUCUCAUUGGCUUGUCCACAUUAGAUCUUGCUGAUCUUGAAACAACCCCAAUUUCUACAGGAUUUGAAGGGAUAUCAUAUCGUGAAAGUGUGUGUUCUUCUGAAAACAAAGUGUCCUUUGUGGAGGUGGACGGAACAAGAGUUGCACUGACAGCCGCUCACGAACUAGCACAUGGAUUAGGCGCCUUCCAUGAUGGCGAAGAAGACGCCGCAGAUUGUCCGGCUUCUGCCCAAAACAUCAUGUCACCUGAAAUAACGUUGACCACCAACUUGACGUACUCCCGAGCCCAGUGGUCAUUCUCUGCUUGCAGUGUAGCGUCGUUUAAGUCAUAUAUUGAUAGGCUUGAAAAGAAUUGCCUUAAGCAGCAUGCGUUUACUGGUUUGGAAUUUGAAGAGCUGCAGGCAAAAUCACUUCCGGGCACAGUCUAUUCUUUGAACCAACAAUGCCAAAUGUACAACGGAAUCUGGUCGACAUCUUGCGAAAGUACUAUAAAAGAAGAGGCUUGUUAUACUGGCUACCAUUGUUCUACAAGAUCGGACCUACCAGUCGGCUGCGAAGAGGCCCAUCAUCCACUUUACCCCUUAGCCGGCACACCUUGUGGUGCUUUAGCGGAUAAUAAGUGGUGUUAUCGGGGUCGCUGUGUUGGGAAUACGAGUCCAACAACAACCACGUCAUCACCUAACAUCUGUACAACAACUACGUCAACCAGCACAACAACAUCAACCACUGAAGCACCUACCACAACAACUGUUGCGCCGUGUAAACAGGGAAAGCAGUGUUGUGUAAAGGUAAACGGCAAGAAGAAAUGCUGUAAAGGUACUAAAUGCUGCAAAAUUGCUGAAGCGGCCCAAACAGAUUGUUAUAAAUCGUGUUGUGAUACAGAUAACACAACUCAAGGUCCUACAUCUGCACCUUGUUUUGGCGGCAAGUGUUGUUCCAAGAUCGAAGUUAAUGGAGCAUUAAAGAAGGUGUGUUGUAAGAAAGCUAAGUGUUGUAAAACAUCAUGGGGUAAGGAAACCAAAUGUUGUUUGACAUGCAGCAAAAGGUAAAACAAAAUUUUGGGUUGGACCUCUUUUCAAUUAUGGAAACAAAUUUACAAUCUUGUUUUUCGUAAACUUAAGUUAUAUUAUAACUAAUUUCUGGAUUGAAAAUAAAUAUUCUGAAUAAUAAUUU